CGGCGCUUGCGCACUAUCCCCGAUCGCGUCCUGCCGUUACCCCAAAAUUUUCCUCAUCUCUCGCCUUCAUUUUCCAUCAAAAUGUCGGCCAUCUGAUUUCCCUAACCUCAAAAGUGCAUAUGUGCGCGUAAAAAUGCCAUUAUCGCCCGUUUCCACUCUCGGAAACCGUUCAUAAUCAGCUUAACGUAGUGUGGUGCGCCCCCAAGGCCAUGUCGAACUCCCUGUGCAAGACUUCGGUGCUCCGCAUCUACCAGGAGGUGAUCGACGACGUGAUCAGCGGCGUCCGCGAGAUCUUCCUGGAGGACGGCGUCGACGAGCAGGUCCUCCAGGAGCUGAAGCAGACCUGGGAGACCAAGCUCAAGGCCAGCAAGGCGGUGCAGAGCGAGGAGGAGAAGGCGAAGAAGGCGGAGAUGACCGCCACCAACGGCUUCCCCAAGCAGCAUGUGGCGCAGCCGGCGGCAGCCCCCGUGGGGCAGAUCGCCGAGACGAAGAUGGUCCCCAUCCAGAUCACGCUCCCGGCGCAGCCCGGCAGCGACCAGGGCCCCAGGAUACUCACGAUACAGGUCCCCGCCACGGCGCUCCAGGGGAACCAGCUCCAGAAGGUGCUCACGGGGCAGAUCAUCACGGGGAUGAUGAAUUUGCCCGCCAAUAUUGCGUCUUCGGUGCUCCAGCAGCACGUCAACGCGGUGUUUAACAGCCAGCAGCAGCAGAUCGUGACCAUUGUCAACCGAAACAUCGCCCAGACGGACGGAAGCCACGCCGAGGAGGAGGAGGAGGAACAAAUCGAAAUCGAGUUUAUUUUGCCUAGGAAGAAGGUGCCCCAGGUGGACGGCCCCGUGGACACGUCCGACGACGAUGAGGACGGGUCUGACGACGAUAACGACGACGAGGAUAUCGAUGACGAUAAGGACGAAGAGGAUCAAGAAAUGGAGGAAGAAGGUGGUGAAGAAGAGCCCCUGAACUCCGAAGACGAUGUGACUGAUGACGACCCAACUGAUUUGUUCGAUACUGAUAACAUCGUUGUUUGUCAGUACGAUAAAAUCAUAAGAAAUAGGAAUAAGUGGAAAUUUUAUUUGAAAGAUGGGAUAAUGAACUUGAGUGGACAAGAUUAUGUCUUCCAAAAGGCUAACGGUGAUGCGGAAUGGUAAUUAGUGUUUUUUAAGAAGUUUUGUUUUUUUUUUAUUAUUUUCAAGUCACUUGCACGCAAAACCCGUCACUUAUUCAAGGGAACGUUGGGUUCCGACUUAAGUUAUUGAACUUUUGUAUGUAAAAUGGGAGAAUAGCCUGAGUUGUAGAAUUGUGUUAUCCAUUAUAAAUGUAACUAAUAAUAGGCGUUUAGAUUUAAUCGAAAUUUUUACUAUGUAUUAUCAAUUAUCGAUAGCCGUUUGUGAAUAAAACUAUUUUUGAAGUUA